UUGAUAAGUAAACAGAGCAAACUGAGGUGCACAAGAUUAUGGAAGUUGUGAAAGUCAAGGAAGAGGAUAAUUCCAUCGAUUUAUCCAUUGUGAAGGAAGAAUACUGCAUUCAGGAAGUGGAGAAUUCAUGGAUGAAAAGCGAACUUGAAGAUGCUGAUUUCCCUGAUGUUAAGAAUGUUAAACAGGAGGAAAUUCACAAAUCCCAGUCAGAUAAGACGAAGACAAGGAGCACACACAAGUGUCCUUACUGUCAGACGCUCUUCACAUCUCCGCAUGCCAGGAAUCACCACAUCAAGACGUGCGUCUUGGCGCAGCAUCGGAAAUUGAGUUGUUCUGCGGAGAAGAAAUUCGGCUACUCGCCAGAGAUGAUGCGAGUGGCUUUGAAAGCCAUCGACGAUGGGAUGCCCGUGACGACGGCUGCCAAGCACUUCCAGAUUCCUCGCUCGACUCUGCGCAACAAGAUCACCGGCAAAUCCCCGAUGGAGACUCCCGGACACAGAGGCUAUCACAGCGCUCUGGGCAGGGAGACAGAGGAUGAGAUCGUGCGAUGGGUGCUCUCUGUCGCCAGCGCAGGAUUCCCAGUCACCAAAGAUGGUCUGCAGACGACAGCGGAGAAGAUCAUCCUCAGCGGCUCAGUGUUCAAACCGGAUGAAUUCAAGAACACCAGACCGUCGAAGAGAUGGUUUUACAGUUUCCUACAAAGGCAUCCGGAAGUGGGCCAGAAAAGGGCGGAAUACGCCAAGAGGGCGCGAUGGAGUGCGUCUCAGAGGAAGCUCAAAAAGUGGUUCGGCGAUGUCGAAGGACAAUUGGGUGAAAAUGCGGAUGUCUUGCGCCAUCCGGAGAGAAUCUUCUGUCUGGACGAUUUUCCUAUCUGUCUUGCGCCCACGGGAAAAUUAAUCAUCUCCUCGACGAAUCGCAAUGUUUUUGUGGAAUCUUCCAAGUGUGACAAAGACAUUAUCACGACUCUGUUCGUCGUGAGAGCGACUGGUGAAUUUGCUCCUCCGCUGACGGUCUUUAAGAGUGAAGAAAUGCCAUCCGAAGCUGAGAAGUUUGCUCCUCUAAACUGGCGGAUUGGAAGCACGGAAUCCGGCUUGAUGCAGGCAUCGGCAUUCUAUGAGUACAUGGAGAAGGAUUUCCUGCCAUUUCUGCACCAAGAGGAAAUCGGGAAGCCUGUUGUGGUGUUCCUGGACGGCAGAAAUUCUCAUCUCACCAUGCAUUUGAGCAAAUUGUGCAGUGACUGCGGAAUAAUCCUUAUUGCGCUCUGUCCGAAUGCGACAGAUUUGCUGCAGCCUCUCGAUGGGGCAGUUUUCCAGCCACUUAAAUCCACCUGGCGCAGUCUCAAGAGGGAAUGGAGAGCCACUCAUGGUCGGGAAGUUGGCAAAUUUGAUAUCCCGGAUCUUCUUAACACUUUCAUCUCAGACAAUCAAAUAUCUAGUGAUGUGAGAUCAGGAUUUGUAACGACAGGGCUCUUUCCUUUCGACUCCAACGCUGUGGAUUACUCUAAAGUCCCUAAAAUCACACAGAAGAGCGGCUUUUCAGACGAUCAGGCUGAUUUGCCCGAACAGAACUUCAGCGAGGAAGACAUUCAGAGGAUUAAAACUUACGUAGAAUCGAAGAUUGAUCCUAAUAUCGUGAGCAGAUUUGAGAAUACACGAAAAAAUGGUCAAGAAUGGAGUGGAGAAGCUAAUAAGGAAGCGCUUUUCAGAUUGUGGAACGACAUAGUCAACGAUUUGGAAGGAUUUUCCUCGAGAAAAUCUCCCUUAAGAGACCAAAAAGUAGUGGAAAAUUCCCUCAAAGAGGACGUUCGAUGGCCAAAUGAGGCGAAAAAGCGGAAAAUGGAACAAGUUUCCUAAUUUACAAAUCAAUAAAUAUUCUGAAA